AUUAAUUAACAUCAGCGCGCGGCUCUCGCUUCCGUAAUCCGUACUCGCGUCGCUCGCUGCGUCGCUUCCGCGCCAAUUCCCCCGCUCUCUCUCUCUUCUUGCUCCUCCUCCCUCUCCCUCCCUCCCACGCGUUCCUCCUCCAUUUCGCGCACCUCGUUCGAUCGCGAGAUCUCCCCUCUCCCCAACCCCAAACUCCUCUGCGAUCGAUCGAUCUCUCUUUCUAGGGUUUCUCUUCGGAAUUUCGAUCCGAGGAUGGUGGCGGUGGGGAUCGGGGAUGCGAUCGAGGGCGUGGAUCGGAUCCCCAAGGAGGCGCGGCGGAUCAUCCACGACCUCGCCUCGGAGUGGGGCGACGUCGCGGACGCGAAAACCCUAGAGGUGACGCAGCUGAAGGGGGCGAUGACGAACGAGGUGUACCAGAUCACGUGGCCCACCGCGGCGGGCCAUGCCCGCGGGAAAGGGUCGCCGGGGACGAGGAGGAAGGUGCUGGUCCGGAUCUACGGCGAGGGCGUGGACGUGUUCUUUGAUCGGGAGAGCGAGAUCCGGACCUUCGAGUGCAUGUCCCGCCACGGCCAGGGGCCUCGCCUCCUCGGGCGAUUCGCCAGUGGCCGUGUCGAGGAGUUCAUCAACGCUAGGACACUCUCAGCUGCCGAUCUCCGUGACCCUGAAAUCUCUGCCCUUAUAGCAGCAAAACUAAGGGAGUUUCAUAAUCUUGAUAUGCCUGGUCCAAAAACUGUAUUUUUAUGGGACAGGCUAAGAAAUUGGCUUAAAGCGGCUGUUAACUUGUGUUCCCCUGGAGAGGCCGAGGAAUUUUUCUUGGGGAAUAUGGAAGAAGAAAUAAAUCUUUUGGAGAGUACAUUGUCAGGGAAGGACCAGAGAAUAGGUUUUUGCCAUAAUGAUCUUCAAUAUGGCAAUAUCAUGAUAGACGAAGAGACAAGACAAGUGACUAUUAUUGACUAUGAGUAUGCUAGCUUCAAUCCAAUUGCAUUUGAUAUUGCUAAUCAUUUUUGUGAGAUGGCUGCUGAUUAUCAUACAGACACACCUCACAUUUUGGACUUCAGUAAAUAUCCAGAUAUUCAGGAACGUACAAGAUUUGUGCAGAUAUAUCUCAACUCCUCAGGUGAAAGACCAAAUGAUGUUGAACUUGAAAAGUUGCUCCAAUCGAUUGAGAAAUAUGCUCUUGCUAGUCAUCUUGUCUGGGGCCUUUGGGGAAUAAUAUCCGAGCAUGUAAAUGAGAUUGACUUCGACUAUGUGGAGUAUGCACGGCAGCGGUUCCAACAAUAUUGGCUGAAGAAGCCUGUAAUUUUUGGAUCUAAGUAGAUCGAAUGAUCUCGGCGUUCCUCGUUGCCGCUAUUGUCUUUUUCGCAAUAUGUGUAAAUACUUUCUAUACCUGUUCUUUGGCACUCAAAUUGUAUGACUUUGUUGGCGUGUAGCAGUGCUUGCCUAGCAGUGUACGUUUUUUCCUUACAAUGAUGGUAUAUCAGUUUUUGACUAGUCUCUGGUGAUCAGAAGCAUUUGUCAAUAAUGUGAACUACAACUUUUAAUGAAGCAUCAGGUCAAGCAUUCUUUUGAA